UUUUCUCCCUCCUUUUUUUAAUAUAUGGGUCACAAUGAGUUUAAGCUGGGUAAUUAAUUAUGCAUUGCACAUGGGUUCUCCCUUCUCCCAGACCCCAGCUGCCGUGUGAAGUAAGUUUGAGGUACUAUGAGAGUUCCUGUUAGGCACUAUUGGCUUUUUGUUUGAUAUGACAAGUUUAGGAAAUUGGUUUUUAUUACUUGGGAAAGUAUAUUUUACAUUUUCUGUACAUAGAUAGAGGGAUGGGGAGAUAUUUAAUGUGUCCUUUUUAUUGGAUCAUUAAUGCACUAGAGAAGAUUUAACUGACAUUGCUAGCUUAAUUAGGUUCCAAACAAAUGCAUGCCAGUUGUUUGAUAUUUGUUCUCAUAUUUAAGAGCAAGUGUUUUAUGGGGAAUGAAUCUUGGUCCAUUUUCUUUGCCUCUCUAUAUCUUUUGUGACAAUAAGAGACCUAACGGUAGAUAUAAAGGUUUAGAUUUCAAGAUAUAUGGGAUCAGAACCGUUUUGCUUUACUUGGGAUCUGCUCUUCAAAGUUAUGAAUUAGACUCUUUCAUCCAUUCACUGACAUACAAAGCUAUGUGGGGUUCUGGGUUUUAGUCACACAUGUUUCUUGAAGGAAGUAGUUAAGAAAGCUUUUGUUUAGAGAAUGAGAUCCAUAGAGGAUAAAGGUUGCUACAGUCAUGGACCAAUUCAAGAGAUUUCAACUAGCAAGGGAAUAAGUUUUGAGUUUCAUAAAGGCAGUGGAGCAAACCGCACUUCUCAUCACAGGACAGCCUUAGGCAAGCCAACACCAUCCAAAUGGGAUGAUGCACAAAAAUGGCUAGUUGGGUUGUCAAGAGGGGAUAAAAACCAAUCCAAGCCAAGAACCUCAAAUGCUGAUGAUAGGAGACUGAUAGCUCCAGUUCGGCAGCAGGAACAAGACUAUCCAAGUGAUGAAGAUGAAGUUGAAGGACAAGAACCAAAUGGGUGCCCUGCUUCAGUGACAAAUCCUUAUGAAGUGGAAACCAAGAAGGUGGAUUGUGAUGAGUCCAUUUGGAGAAUCAAUAAGCCAGUGCAGAAUUCUACUGCAUCUACUCUUAGAUCAAUAUGUGUUAGGGAUAUGGGGACUGAGAUGACCCCAAUUGCCAGCCAAGAGCCCUCAAGAACAGCAACUCCUAUUAGAGCUGGAACUCCAGCAGCAAGGAGCCCCAUAUCUUCAGGAUCCUCCACUCCAGUAAGGCAUAAAUAUGGGCAGCAAGGCGCUGAUCAGGGCUAUCCAGCAGGCUUCAGACCUACCGGUGAGCUCAGUUCUGCUGCCAGAAGGCGCCAUGGAGAAGAACCAAAUGGUUCUAAGAUGCCUGAGAAUAAGGAUUUAGAUGAAGCAGGAAAUCUGAAUCCUUUGGAGACAAGAGCUAUGGCUUGGGAUGAGGCAGAACGUGCCAAAUAUAGGGCAAGGUACAAGCGUGAAGAGGUGAAGAUACAAGCCUGGGAAAAUCAUGAGAAGAGGAAAGCAGAAAUGGAAAUGAGGAAAAUGGAGGUGAAAGCCGAGAGAAUGAAAGCUCGUGCACAAGAAAAGUUGGCAAGCAAACUCGCAGCAACAAAAAGAAUAGCUGAAGAGAAACGUGCAAAUGCUGAGGACAAGCUGAAUGAGAAAGCUGUAAGGACUGGUGAAAGGGCAGAUUAUAUAAGGAGGACUGGACACUUGCCCUCUUCCUUGUCCUUUAAGUUGCCUUCCCUUUGUUCAUAGCAAUAUUGCACUAUGUCUGCAUAUAACAUCCUCCAAUAAUCAUUCUUUUGUCACUUCUUUUGAUGGCAUAUAUUCCUGUGAACUUUUUGAAUUCAUUUGACAUGUUAAAUUCUGAAAAUGCGUUCCCCCAAAACCCAAACCCAACUUCAAGAAAGCCUUCGUUAUGAUA